AUGUUGAUAAAUAUUUCAAAUUUAGCUCAAUGUGAAUUUAUCAUUGUCACAUUGAAUGAAUUUGUGGAUGUUUUAUUAAAAAUUCGUGAAGAUGACAAUGAGUCAAUGAUACCAUAUAGUGAUGAAUUAUUUAAUCCAUUCAAAGGACCAUUUUUUAUACCAUUAUGGAAAUUAGAUGAACCAUAUCGAUAUUUUUCACAAUAUGGUUUCCCUGAUCCCCAUAAAACAAUCUCAACAAUAUUGAACAGUGAAUUUCAGAUAAAUGAAACAUUAAUUUUAAAAAAAUCGACAGGGAAUUCAUUACAGUACAUGUUAAAUGAGAGUUUCACCUCAUUCGAUUUAUUCGAAAAAGUGUUAAUUAAAUAUGCUGGUGAUACUGAAGGAACAGAGAACAACGUGAUACUACAAGAUGAUGCCGAUAGAGAAGAUGACCAAGAAGAUGUGGUAUCUGUUGGUGAGGAUGAAGAAAACUUUGAUGACAGUCUUAAUAUUAUUGUCAAUAAUAGUGUAAAAGAGAAGGAUUCCAGUACAACUACUCCACUGAAUCAAAAAAAUUAUCGAAGAAAUUGA